AUGUUGUGUGUUGAUUGGAUGCAUGGUUGGUUUCAGGUGUACUACAGGCAGCAUUUUCCUGACAUAGCAGUUGGAUACGAGGAUCCCCGAGUGACUCUGCAUUUAGGCGAUGGUAUUAAGUUUCUCAAGCAUGUUCCUCAAGGCGCUUACGAUGCUAUUAUAUUGGAUGCUUUCCAAAUGAUGGGACCCGAGGCGGAAGAAUUAGCUGAUGAUUGCUUCAUGGAAUCAGUUGCAAGGGCUCUUCGACCUGGAGGGGUCAUGAGUUGUCCAGCAGACAGCUUGUGGCACAAAGAAUUUUCCCUUGCAGAUUUCGUAGCAAGAUGCGGCAAGACGUUCGAAGGCUCCGUUAGCUACGCUUGGUGCACGGUUCCUUCAUAUAGCAGUGGGAUGAUGGGUUUCAUGCUUUGCUCCGCCGAGGGGCCACCAGUAGAUUUCAAAAAUCCAAUAAAUCCAUUGAAUCUGGAGCAUUACGGUGUAGCUAAAGGACCCCCCAAGUUCUACAACUCUGAGGUCCAUACCGCUGCGUUUUGUCUGCCAUCUUUCGCAAAAAAAAACAUGUUUGAAUCCAAAACGAAAAAAAAAUAUGCUGCACUGCAGAAAUGAAUUAGACUUGGAUCGCUUAAGGCUUGCUGAAGAACAUUAGAGUACUUGAAUAAUGGAUAUUCAGGC